GGCAUUAUCCAUCGGGCCACCCCCUUCUAUAAUUCCAUCGUUUAAAAUCCUUCAACAAAAAAAAACUCAUCCCAAUCGCUCAAUGCCACAACUUAUAUCUUGCAUGACCAUGGGUCACCUCCUCCAUUAUCCCCUCAAGCCAACACAGUCUUUCCCCUCCAUUUGUGUAACCAGAAGCAGACCCUCGUCCGUCAAGUGGAUUAAUUCAAGAAUAUUACUCUGUUGCUGUUCAUUGUCUCCGGAGGUCACUAUAAAAACCCUGUCUUUGCAGAAUGAGGGCAGAAGGGCCUUUAUGGGUUGUCUUGUUUUAGCUGCAGCUGCUAGCAUUCAUCUCUGUGAUGCGGCCAGGGCUGUUAGCACAAGUAGAAGAGCUCUUAGAGGAGCAAAAAUAGCUGAGAGUGAUUAUACAGCUCUUCCUAAUGGACUAAAGUAUUAUGAUGUAAAGGUUGGUUCAGGACCAGAAGCUGUGAGAGGAUCUAGAGUUGCAGUCCACUAUGUAGCUAAAUGGCGAGGAAUCACAUUCAUGACGAGCAGACAAGGAGUGGGUGUUGGAGGUGGAAUGCCUUAUGGAUUUGAUGUCGGGCAAUCAGAGCGAGGGACAGUCCUUAAAGGAUUAGACCUUGGCGUUCAAGGCAUGAGAGUUGGAGGACAGCGGUUACUGAUUGUUCCUCCUGCCCUAGCUUACGGAAAGAAAGGGGUUCAAGAAAUUCCUCCAAAUGCGACAAUUGAGUUGGAUGUUGAACUGCUAUCAAUCAAACAAAGUCCAUUUGGGACUCCGGUUAGAGUCAUUGAAGGAUAACUGGUGUUCAAAAGUUACGGAGGUUAGGGUCCGGGCGUUUAAAAAAAUUACAUUGUAGAGACCAAAUCUUAGAAUGCCAAUGUACUUUUUACCGAUAGUAAAUGUUUAUGCAUAUAUAUGGGGUUGGGGUGUUUGGAUCUUCUUCUUAAAACUGUUCAGCAGAAGCAGAUAUUGGAGUGUUUGGGUGAGAGUGCAUAAGUAUUUUUGGGUGCUCCAAAUUACUCGUAGAAGCAGUUUUUUAGAAGUUAGGGAGACUUCUUCUUAAAAACGGAUUCGGCUUUCUGCUUUAAAAAAAAACAGAAAGCAGAAUCAUUUCCAAACACCAUUUACAUACAUUGUAUACUUUUUUUUGAAAGAACUGUCAAAUUAGCCCUCUAAAGUAUAAUAGAAAAGUCAAUUAAGC